ACUCUCGAGAACUCGUUCCUCUUCGGUGUUCGAUCUCUUCUCGACUUCCUCUCUAUGUUAUAACUAAACAACCUAGAGUGAGAAAGAACCCCUUCCGAAACCAAAACCCUAAUCAAAAAUAAAAAAACACAAAUCUUCUCUUUGAUUCAUCAACAUCAAUAAUGGCGGAGCACUUAGCUUCGAUAUUUGGUACUGAAAAGGAUCGUGUGAAUUGUCCUUUUUAUUUCAAAAUCGGAGCAUGUAGACAUGGAGAUCGAUGUUCUAGACUUCAUACUAGACCUAGUAUUAGUCCUACUUUACUUCUCUCUAAUAUGUAUCAGAGACCUGAUAUGGUUACCCCUGGGAUGGAUCCUCAAGGUCAAGCUGUUGAUCCUCGUAAGAUCCAAGAACACUUUGAGGAUUUUUAUGAGGAUUUGUUCGAGGAGCUGAGCAAGUAUGGAGAGAUCGAAAGCUUGAACAUCUGUGAUAACUUGGCUGAUCAUAUGGUUGGUAACGUGUACAUUCAGUUUAGAGAGGAAGAACAUGCUGCCAGUGCUCUUAAGAAUUUGACUGGAAGAUUUUAUGCAGGGAGGCCUAUUAUUAUUGACUUCUCUCCAGUGACGGACUUCCGUGAGGCAACGUGUAGGCAAUAUGAGGAGAAUACCUGUAAUCGAGGUGGUUAUUGUAACUUUAUGCAUCUGAAAAAGAUAAGCAGGGAAUUGAGGAGGCAAUUAUUUGGAAGGUACAGAAGAAGGCACAGUCGUAGUCGAAGCAGAAGUCGAAGUCCCUACAGGCACCGUGGCGGUCAAGAGGAACGUCCACAUGGUGGUCGAGGUUCUGGUAGAAGACAUGAUGACAGAAAUCACCAUGAUGACAGGAACAGGAGGCCCAGGAGCCGGAGCCCUGGACAUAGAAGAGGAAGAAGCAGGAGUCCACCUGCUGGAAGGAGGAACAGGAGUCCUGGUGCUAGGGAAGGUAGUGCAGAGAGAAGGGCCAAGAUCGAGCAAUGGAAUAGAGAGAAAGAACAGUCAGAUCCUGGCAGCAAGGGUGACGACAGGGAUACUAAUAAUAACAAUGAUGGUAACACUCUUAAUGGAUAUGAUGAACAGAAUGAAGGGCAGUACUAUGAUCAGCAGCAGCAACAGCAGCUGCCGCUGCCUCCACCACCGCCAAUGCCACCACAAGACAGAGAGUGGGACUAUUGAUCUGAUAGGUGGUGUGCAGGUUCACUGUUCUGUAACAUGGGAACGUAGAAAAACCCUUUCCCUUCCCUUCCCUAACACUACAACAUUUGCAGGAUCUGUGUGCUUUAGUGUGUGGUUUACUUGUCAAAACCCUUAGGUGUCUGCGUUUCUUCCCUUUGUCGUUUUCUUCUCGUCCCAAAAUGAAUCAUUAGAUUGCUUCUGUUACCAAAUCACCUAGUUGUGCAUGUCAGUGAGAUACCCAGAUUUUUCCCCUCUAAAUCAUCCCCUGGGGCGCCGCAGCGGCGCUCCAGGCACGCCACCGUGAAAGGUGUGGCAUGAAAGUGGGCCUCUUUUUUUUCUUUUAAGCUAGAUGUUUUCUGAAGGGGUCAAUGUGGAACUUGUUUGUGGGUCUGAGGAUUCACAUUACAUAUUUUUAACCUUUAAGGACUUCAUCUUCCUAUCUUUUUAGUUUUUUACUUAUUUAUUUAGUAUGCUAAAGCAGCAGAGAGAUAAAUAAAGAAGACAUUCUUUGUUCGUUCUUUCGUUCA